GCCACUCUGUUGGGCCCUCCUCCCUCCUUCCCUGCUUUUCUCUCCAGGCCGAUUGUUGAUUCACUCUCACAUGUUGGCAGCUCAGUGAAGAGAUUUUGUUGCCUGUGCACCUGUACUCAUCUGAUAUAGCCUAAGAAUAAGAGUGAAACCAAAAGGGAAAAUGCAACUGUAUUUAAAAAUCACAGCAGGCCUCCUUCUGCUUGUCCAAGCCUUUCACCUGGCAUCGCUCCAAGAUUCAACCGACUCUCCGGGGAGGACAAUUGAUAAAAGCUGGUUCCGUGAACUACCCAAAAAUACAGUUGGAAGUCAAAACGCUGCAGUUACUGAAGAGGAGACAGAAUAUGAUCAGGGAGCUGAUGCGACUGCUUUGGAGUCAAUUAAUGAUUUCAACAGUGGGAUAGCAUCUGGCUCCAUGGCAUUAAAAAGUGGAGAAGAGGAGAAUGUAGCCAGCCAGGAGAAGUAUGAAAAUGAAACAUCCAAUGAUCUGCCUGUUUCUGAUAAAUUUCCAACCUUUGCAACCAAUCAACCUGAAUUGCCAGAUGCUACCGUUUCUCCAACUACUGCAACUACAGAUCCCACAAACUCAAGCCAAAUCAAUAUGACAGAAGCCAAGGAGGAAUUUUACAAUUUUACAACUCAUCUGAGUGCACAAAACUCCACCAGCUUCUCAGAUUACUCCAAUCACACUGAUUUACAGACGACAACCAUGGCUCCAGAGAGCAAUGCUACGCAAGAAUCCACAACAAAACCAGACAAAGAUACAGGGUUAACAAAUGCUACAGAAUCUACCAACACAACAACCAUAACAGCCAUAACAACCACAACAACUACAACGACGCCAGAGAUAAACGAAACACCCUCCACGACUUCAUCUACAACAGUGUUCCUAUCUGAGACCACAGAAACGAGCCCUGCGACUAUGACUACCAUUGCUCUGAACACACCUGAGAAGGCCAACAAGACAGACAAAAGUGCAGCCUCAGGGAGCAGCUCAGAAAGAGGUUUAGCAGCAGAUUCCCACAACAGUAAAAGAAAGAAAAUGUGGGGAGCUGUACUGGGAAUCACGGUGGCUGUGGCCUGUGUGGGACUGGUAGCCUACAUCAUCCUGAAAAAGAAACACCAGAAGGGGUUCUCUCACAGGAAACUGGUUGAGGAGUAUCCUGCAGACCCAGUUCUCAGAUUAGACAACAACGAACCUUUGGACUUGAACUUUGGUGGUUCAGCCUAUUACAACCCAGGACUCCAAGGGGACAACAUCCAAAUGACCAACUUCCCAGAACACCACUGAAACUGAAGAGAGCAAAGUCAUGAACUCCACUGCCACUUGUGCUUAUUGGCAUUUGAUAGACAACUUAUAAUGUGCAGUUUUGUAAAUAAGACUGUCUGAAAGUGACAUUUGUGGAUGGAAAUUACAAAGGAGUUUGUAAAGUUCUGCUGUCAGCCACCACAAAUGACACUUAUGUUAGAUUAAGCAUUGUGUUGAGUAGAUUAAUUGCACUGAAAUAGAGGGAUCACUGAAGGCAAUCUAUCUGAACUACACUGCAACAGCCAAAAUUAACUGUCAGCCAUUUAUGUAUGUUGCCAAAGGGAAUCAAAUGAAGUCUUUGCUAAUGAAGAAUAUGCUUUGCAGUCAAUUCAAAAUGAAUAUUUGUUUUUUGGUUUAAUUUGAAUACUUUUGUGUGAGAAUAGAAGCCACAAAAUGCUGUUGAAGACAAACAAAACAGAGACAUUAGCAUUUAAUCAGAUCAGCUAAAGAGAAAAAAACAGAAGGAGACUCCUGCUGAUGCAAAACAUUUGUGAAAAAAGUGCUGUUGUUCUGCAGCCUAAAUAACAGAUGACACAGCUGGCCCGUUGAGGCCUUUGCAACAAAAUUCAGAAGCCAUAGUGAGCAAUAGGAUUAUCUAUAUCAGCAAUCACCUCCUGUUAUGGCAUAAGGACGGCAAUAAGAAGUUAAAUUUGAACUGCGCUUUCAGAUAUUCCACAACUGGCAGUCACAGCCAGUCGGAGAAUCGAACCAUCAAACCAAAAAUGUUUAUUUUUCUACACCAGCGAGGGAGGUGGAGGGAGGCUGGGUGCUGUUUUGUUAUUCAUAGAUUGAGGUUUUGGUAUUCAAGAAGGGAGUUGUGUAUUUGCUCUAAGCACUACUCAGUAGAAACAACUAUAUCAUCAUAAUAUACUGCUUAAAUCUUCUGACCUCCAGGUGUCCAAACACAGAUUUGAGUUUCUCGUCGCUACAGUGUGCACCUUGGAGAGUUACAUAGUGUUUACCUGCUGCAUACUUACUGCAGAGGAAAAUUAGAACAUACCUGAUGCUGAAUUUUUAAAAAUGUUAUUUUUUUAUUGUUAUUCUUCUCCUAAGUUUGCUGUAACUUUGAGUGACAACCUUCAGCAAGAAAAGUAUCGCUCUUUUUUGACUGGGAGGAUGUGGUUGGGCAAGGAGGGAAUAUGCAGGGAUUAACAACAAUCUCUCUUCCUUUUAUGUAUGUAAUGCCUUUAUACGAUAAUAUCUAACAUUAUUUCAUAAUUGUUCAUUUCUAAACUUUCUUACUUUUCUAUGUUACAUAAAAACACACUUUUAUAACUGUAUAUGUGAAGAAAAUCCAUCCAGAAAAUCAAUCUUUCAGCUCCCUCAAUCCUUUCACUCAUCAUUACCUGAGUGAAUUCCGCACUCGAUCAAUAUGUGUCCUGAUUAUGAUUAAUAUGUGCCUCAGCAUGGCCUAAACCGCCAACAAUAACUCGGUGAUGUGUGAUUUCUUUGGUUUGGUUAGAUGGUUAGCAGCAGGUACGGCAGAUAUGCUUCCUUCCUCGCUCUAAUUUCAGACAUCAAACAGCGCAAGAAGCAUUUUGUCUGAGAGAGAGAGGAGUUUUGUGUUGCAAUGUUAAAGAAUCUCAGUGAUUACUGCAGAAAUAAUGCAGGGCAUAAUGGGAGACUUCUACAUAGCUUAUAGCUGCUUGUAAAAUAAUGAAACUUGAUGAUGCCUUAAUAAACAAACAAACCCCCCAAAA